AUGGAGAGUAACAAAAUAACGCAGCAGCAUUGUUUAACACUGUGGCGUCGUGUGUUGUUUCUUUGGGUGCAAUCUUCCAGUUCGAUCAACACAGAUGAUUCUGGUACCUUGAGCUCGUUUUAUGAAACAUUCCGUCACCGACUCAACCCUACGUUUGAGAUAAAGGAAAACACAGUAAUAGAAUUUUUGCGUUCCCAUUUUCCCGACUUUGAGCUUCAACUCUGUGCCGAAGGAGACAUAGCUGAUGGAGAAUAUGUGUACAUUUUUUCACUACUCCUAUAUUUUUCUUGCGUCCGUCAUCCCGUUUCAUUUUUUCAAAACAUCUGCAAACAAUUCGACGAGUCACAACAAUACAUCCUGAAAACAUUUCUGAAAUCCUUUGUAACGGAAGGUACGGCAGAGCCUAAAGUCAAUCGCAGCUUUAUCGACGCUGCAGUUCGGAAUGCUUUGCAACUAUCAACGUUCAGCCAAACCCAACACAGUAAAAUGUCGUUGGAUAGUGACAACAAAUCAACUGAGAUCUUUACAAACAGCCCGAUUAAAACACUGGACGAACAAAUAUCACGGCCAAAAUCAACGCCGAAACACGGAAUGAUGCAGUGUAAGUUACGAGGAAUGACAACGCAACUAGAAUCGGCACGUUUGGAGAACGCAUGUCUUGAAAAACAAAACGAGAAAUUGCAGGAGAUGAUAGUCAAGUUAGAUGAAAAAAAUAAAAGGCUUUUGACGAAGAUCAACGCACUGGAGGUGAAAGAGCAGCUGUACGCACUGAGUGUAAAAGAAAAGUCACUAGAUCUUGACCAUCAUGACAACUUAAUUGAGCUUCGGAAACAAUUGAAAGAGAAAACCGAUUGCGUUGAAACAUUGGAAGAUGAAAUUCAUAAGGCACGAGGGAAUGAACGUUCUGUGGCGGAGCAAAAUAAGGAACUACAAUUGGCCAAUAGAAACCUUCAAGAACAUAUUCUUCAGAUUGAAAGGCUAAUGCAAUCGAUAAAAGAGGAAGCCUUCAAAAAAGAAGAAUUCAACACAAUUUUGCAAGAAAAUAUAAACGAGUUGCGGCGAUUCAUUCAUGAAAAUAAGCUCACGUGUCCUCAGGUUCCAGAGAGUUUUGAUUGUUCAAGUGACUUCUUGGAUGUUUCGUUCAAAAAUGUUUCAAUUAACGAUAGUUGUUGCCGUGACCGUGAAAACUUAGCCUCAUCUGUAGUGGAGGUCUUAUUAAAAGAGAAGGAACAGGAUAUCGCUAAGCUUUCGGACAAUCUGAGAAAUGUUAAUGAUCAAGUUAAACAGCUACUCGCUUCAAAGGCAACACUGGAGCGGGAUAGAUCUGAAUUGAAUGAGCGGUUAAGUAAACUACAAACAUCUUUCGAAGCAGAGCAAACAACGAAAAAACAUUUGGAAGAACUACAUCAACAAGUAACUUUCAGUAAGGAAGAGUUUAAGUAUAAAUUGCAAACUCUUACUACGCAACGAGAAACAGAACAAACAAAUCACCACCGGGAGCUAUUGGAACUGAAACAAAUGUUGAGCGAAGCUGCUGAAUCAACGGAGCAAUUGAAAAACUGCAGGAUUCCACGAUCCCUGAGCUUGAGCAUACUAAAACCGCUAUGCAUGAACAACUAA